AAUGGCUUUGCCGCCGUACCUAAAUCAGUUAGUACUUUUCUGAAGCGCAAACAAUCAAUUAACCAAGCAAAAUGAAAUUCUUCAUUGUCUUCUUUGCCCUGAUCGCUGUUGUGUUGGCAGGUGGAUACGGUGGUAAUCAAGGACGUGGCCAGGGUGGACAUGGCCAGCAAGGAUUCGGCCAGGGCGGACAUGGCCAGCAAGGAUUCGGUCAGGGCGGACAUGGCCAACAAGGAUUCGGCCAGGGCGGACAUGGCCAGCAAGGAUUCGGCCAGCAGGGACAUGGCCAGCAAGGAUUCGGUGGACAUGGCCAGGGUGGUCACGGCCAGCAAGGACACGGACAUGGCGGACGCUACUAAGAAGGAUAACCUGAUAAAUGAUAUUGGAAAAUAAAAUACUUAAAUUGAAA